GUACGGGGACCGGUAUUUGCAAAUUGGCAACUUCCGGAUCGGGGUCCCAGACGCUGCAGGCCACUGGUUGUACAUGACCCGCACCGACGACGGUGAUGGCAGGGUGAUUCAGGGCUGGCAUAAAGAUGGCACCGUCCAUUCCCCUGGUCAGCGCCGACGACAGUUUUUUUCGACACCCAUCCUGAACCGUCGACACAUACAGUGGCACUGUGGCAACAUCCAGGCGAAGCUGGGCUCUUGCAGUGGGAUCACCGCAGGUCCCGGCUUCAUCCAGUUCGGGGACUGGCGUCUGGCUGCUGUUAGCUAUGACUACUUCUCCAUCUCGCACCGUUCCAGAAAUACCGCCAUGAGAUUCAAGUCGGAUGGGACGUACUGCGCGACAUGUCACCAACACCAUAAUGGUUGGGACGAUCGCGAGUCCGGGUAUGUGCCUGCGGGGGACCUGCAGGAGGUGAAGAUCGGAGAUCGUUUCAUCGAGUUCGGCAAGUUUUGGCGGCUGGGCGAAGUAAGCGAAGACAAGCUCUCCAUCUCUCAUUCUAGUGGCCGCACUGCCAUGGUGUACAAAAAGGACGGUCACUUGCUAGGCGGGCCUCGCACCGAUAACAACCUCUUCAACCGUCUCACGACUGAGCCCAAGGGGGUUACUUUCGGUGAUCGCUUCGUGCAGAUCGGCCACUUCCGAAUUGGGGACGUGGACGGGUGGCACUUCUCCAUCUCGCAUGUGACGAGCGGCAAGACCCAGGAGAUUUAUACAGGAGACGGACAUCGCCACAUGGGCAAUGGGCAUCGUACAGAUUGGCAGACAACGGGUCGUCCGCUGCAAGAUUGCAAGAUUUUCCCGGAAAAGCCGCAUCUGUUCAGCUUCGAUACGUUGUAUGCCUUCUACAACCCGACUCACAAGCGCUACCUACAGCUGAAUAAUGUGGCAGACAUGGCCUCCGUGAAGGUCGACAGUGGGCCCAGUGACUUGCCCUACUGGCGGGCCUUCGAGCGCUUCUCGGUCGUGGACGCCGGCAACGGCCUCGUCGCGCUGCACAAUGCCAGGAACAACAGGUUCAUGAAGAUGAGCCAGAGUCAGAUGAUGGCGUCUCCUAUCAAGGCUGCGAAUCGGCUCCCCGCGAGCGGCUGGGGCAGCGAGUACUUUCAAAUCGUCGAUGCUGGCGAUGGGAUGGUGGGACUCCACAACCCCGGCCACAACCGUUUCGUGCAAAUGCACAGCAACGGCCAUGUUCAAGCCACAGGUCACAGGAAUUCCUGGGACUUGAAACAUAAUAAGGGUUGA